CCAAACUCCUGGCCUCCCUCCUCACCCCGUUGGACCGUUCUGAACCCCUUCUCGAACCCCGGCCCACUGCCCCUCUCUCUGCCCAAGCGCUUGCAUCCUUCUUGGGACUGUCCUGGUCCCCUUAGCCCGGUCCAUCGGGACUCCUGCCUCCAGCCCGUCUCCACUCUCCUCACUCCAACGCAGCCCAAAGCUUUUCCUUCCCUUCCUCAGUUUCCCCUUCCUCUCUUCUUCCUUCCCACCAGCUCCUCUGCGCCCUGUGUCCCACCCAGCUCGGGCUCCCCCACUUCCUCUCUCCUUAUCCCCAGCUGCCCUCCCGAGCCCUCCAGGAGCCUCUCCUUCCUGUUCUCUGCCCCCUAGUGCUCCCCGUCCUCCUCCCCAUCCUGGACACCAUGGCCACCAUGCCUGACUGGAAGCUCCAGCUGCUAGCCCGGCGCCGGCAGGAGGAGGCGGCCGUUCGAGGCCGGGAGAAGGCCGAAAGGGAGCGGCUGUCACAGAUGCCAGCCUGGAAGCGGGGGCUCCUGGAGCGGCGCCGGGCCAAGCUUGGCGUGUCUCCUGGAGAGCCUAGCCCUGCCCCUGGGCCCACUGAGGCAGGCCCUCCAGCCCCCGAUGAGUCGGCUGUGCUCCUCGAGGCCAUCGGGCCGGUGCACCAGAACCGAUUCAUUCGGCUGGAGCGACAGCAGCAGCAGCAGCAGCGCAAUGAGGAGCUUGCGGAAAGGAGAACUGCGCCUUUGGAGUCUCGGGAGAGGAGACCCAGCCCUGGGGAGAUGCGGGAUCAGAGCCCCAAGGGAAGAGAGUCUCAAGAAGAAAGGCCCGCUCCCCGAGGGACUGGGGGAACCCGAGAGUUGAGCCCCAAGCCUUUGGAGCCUAGAGACUGGAAGCAGAGUCCAGGAGAGUCUGGAGACAGGAGCUCCAAACUCUCAGAGACCUACAAAUGGAGAUUGAGUCCUGGAGAACCCGCAGAGCGGAUUCCGAGACCAGCAGAGCCCGGAGAACAAAACCACCGGAGGAAAGAAGGGGAGGAAACUAGAGUGAGUUCCCCGGAGUGUGACGACCCGAAGCUGGGCCUGCCAGAGGCCCAUCAAUGGAGGCCUGACUCUGGAGAGGAGCCAGAACAAAGUUUGGUCCAUCUGGAGGCAUCUGAGUGGAGGCGAAGACGGGGUGAAGACCGCAGAGACUGCCUAGAGGAAAAUGGGGACAAAUGUCAGCAGCAGAGUGCCAGGGUGGUCCCCGAAGGGCCAUCAGGAUCAUCGGAGGUUGUGCUCCGGGAGGGGCCAGACCAUAGCUCUGGGCAAGUGGAGACAGCUGAGUCGAGGCCCAGCCCUGUGGAGGAUGGUGACAAGGGCUUGAGACUGACAGAGGGGUGGAAAUGGACCCUGAACUCUGGGAAGGUUCGAGAAUGGACACCCAGAGACACAGAGACUCAGACUCAAAAACCAGAACCUCCAGAGAAGCACAUGGUACCCAGCAGAGCAGAGACCGUGGACGGGGAGGCCAAGGAAGAGGAGGCGGGCGCUCAGAGCUGGCCUCUGAGCACCCUACAGAGCCGAAGCUCUGAGCCCGCCCCCCGCCCAACAGAGCACGCUGGGACUGAAGGCUCUAGACAGCAGGAGGAGGAAGCUGGGGUGCUCAGGUCCCCACUGUCAACCCCGCUCUCUCCCACACCUCCAGCCCCACCUGCCCCCCAGCCUGCUGGGGAUCCCCUCAUGAACCGUCUGUUCUAUGGAGUGAAGCCAGGGCCAGGGGUGGGGGCCCCCCGCCGCAGUGGACACACCUUCACAGUCAACCCCCGUCGGUCGGUGCCCACCGCGGCCUCCGCCUCUCCAGCCAGCCCAGCCUCAGCUGAUGCAGCAGCCCCCGGAGCGGGCAAGAAGCGGUACCCCACUGCCGAGGAGAUCUUGGUACUAGGGGGUUACCUCCGCCUCAGCCGCAGCUGCCUUGCCAAGGGGUCCCCAGAGAGGCACCACAAACAGCUCAAGAUCUCCUUCAGUGAGACAGCCCUGGAGACCACGUACCAAUACCCUUCGGAGAGUUCGGUGCUGGCGGAACUGGGCCCUGAGCCUGAGGCACCCUGUUCCCCCAACCCCCCAGCUGCCCAACCGGAUGACGAUGAAGAUGAGGAGGAACUGCUGCUCCUGCAGCGGGAGCUCCAGGGCGGGCUGCGCACCAAGGCCUUGAUAGUGGAUGAAUCUUGCCGGAGGUGACCCUCUUCCAACAUGGGGCCCUGCUACUCUUCUUUACAGAACUGAAGAUUCUAGAGCCUCAAAGAUUCAUAGCAGAUGGACCUUGAAAAUGAGCCUGGCAGGGGAGGGCAACCAGUGUCUUCUAACUUGCUUUCCUCAUCCUGUUUUUUGGGGCCUAUUGCCCCAUUUCUUCCCUCACCCCAGGUCAUUGGGGUGAGAGUCACAAUAGUGUGCUCUAGAGUAAAUAUGAGCCCUGGGAGGUACAGAGAUGAUAGGGGCCAGGGUGGAGCACCCCUCCUUCUCUAUGGGCAGGGUUCACCCUCCUUACAGCCCUCCUGACUCUCCACCACCCCCCCAGGGGCUCUCAGGAUGUAAGUACUCAUGUAAGCACCCUGUGAGGCCUGGCCCCUCUCACACCCAGGCACCUCAUCCUCCUGUCCAGUGUCACUGGCCCUCUUGUUUACAGCUCCCACCUCCUCCCUGCCCACACCACCAGCUCCCAGCCCCACCUGCCAAAGUCCCAUGUUUACAAGCUAUGCCCACUUGCCAUGUCCUUGUGGACUCCUCUCUCGUCCUCUAGUGUCACCUCCCUGGACUGAAAAGUGUGGCUUCCUUCACUUUUGCUCAGUAUUACCGUGUCUCAGUUUUCUCCAAGAGGGAAGACUGCGGAUCUUAGCUCUGACUUCCCCAACGGUUAUUUAAUUCUGUUGUCCUCGUGAUUCAUCCUACACUUUGCAAAUCAAUUCAGCUGCAAGGUGUGGGGUGCUCAACAUGGCACCUCAACUUUCCCUAUUUCUACUUAUCAAUUGCCCGAGUUUUGAUGUUCUUUUUUUAAACUUUCUAUAAUAAAAUGGAGUUUUCUCCAA